AAAGCCCACUACACACUCGUACGUUGUGUGGGAAGCAUAUCUGAAAGAGCUCUAUCUCAGAAAAGGAAAUUCACAACAACAAGCCCCUCAGAUUUAAAGCAAGAAGACCCUCCUCUCUUCAGUCAGUUGUGUGAUUUCAGUCUUGAGGACUUGUUGGGCAACAGACAUUGCAUCACUUGGACUCCUCCAUUAAACUGAUGGCGCUGUUAAAGCUGUUCCUCUGGGCUCUUCUGCUCCUUCAGUUUGCACUGCAGAUGUUGGAUGGAGCUGAGCCUCAGAACCUGAACUGUCCUACAUAUGGUGGAGUUCCUGGCACUCCUGGACACAACGGUCUGCCUGGCAGAGAUGGGAGAGAUGGUAAAGAUGGAGCAAUUGGACCCAAAGGAGAGAAGGGAGAGUCAGGAGUGAGUGUUCAGGGACCACCAGGUAAAGCUGGACCAUCUGGGCCAGCUGGAGAAAAGGGGGAAAGGGGACCUCCAGGUCCACAAGGGUCUCCUGGAAGUGAAAGUGUUCUUGAAUCCCUGAAAUCUGAGAUCCAGCAACUUAAAGCCAAGAUUGUCACGAUUGAGAAAGUUGCGAGUGUCUGCCACUUCAGGCAAGUUGGACAGAAAUACUACAUCACUGAUGGUGUUGUGGGGACUUUUGAUCAAGGAUUACAAUUCUGCAAGGAUUUUGGUGGAACAAUGGUUUUGCCAAGAACUUCUGCAGAAAACCAAGCGUUAUUGAAAUUAGUAGUAUCCAGUGGUUUAAGUAGUAAGAAGCCAUAUAUUGGAGUCACAGACAGAGAAACAGAGGGACGGUUUGUGGACACUGAGGGGAAGCAAUUGACAUUUACCAACUGGGGUCCUGGUCAGCCUGAUGACUAUAAGGGACUACAAGAUUGUGGUGUUAUAGAGGACUCUGGCCUUUGGGAUGAUGGCAGUUGUGGUGAUAUACGUCCUAUUAUGUGUGAAAUAGACAACAAAUAGAAUGUAUAACAUUAGGCUGA